GUACUCCGCCCCCUAAUUUUCCGAACAAGCUGGGAUGUGCCAAUUGUGCCAGCCCAACAGGCCGUGCAUCGUUACCACAAGACACUGAAUGAAUGGAACACUGUGGCAUGCAAAGCCGCCCCAUUGCUUGAUACACUCAUGCAGGUGAAAAUAAAGUCUCGGUCAUAUCAGUUCGAGAGUCGUCUCUGUUUGGUUCCAUACUUAUGUGUCUCAAUUCUUAGUAGCUGCUCCCGACCGAAACACUAUUCUAAAAAACAUACUUGGAAUUUAUGGACCGUCGCCAACAAUAAGACCCGGUACAUAUGAUCCAAGCGUCGAUCAGCACGGCGACUUGCCAGAACAGAAGUCCGACACAUCGUGUUCCUGUCCGCAGUAAUUGCUCAACUCGUUAUUGAGGAUACGGCAAGAGAAGACAUGUACCCCGAACACCGCCAGUUCCAACCGCCGUAUAUUUGAUCAAAUGCUCUUGAAGAUACCGAAGCAGGAGGGAGGCAACAAGCUACCACCCGAACGUGUUCACCUGCGAUUUUGAGUGAAUAAUCUCCCCGUAAACG